CUUUUUAGUCUCCAUCCUAAAAAAGCUAACCAGAAUGACAGAAACCAUGCAGACUCAUCCCAUGGAAGUAGACGCUGAUCAUUCGUCCAUUCCUAUAGUCGAUCUCUCAGAAAAGAUGAAAACAUUACAAUGCGAAGAAUCCAAUGGGACAACACGAUCUUGUGCUUAUUUGAAAAAUGGAAAGCUCGACUUUUAUGAACCCAAGUUAUUACUCGAGAAUCACAUGUUGAUUGCACAAAAAAUCAUAUUCUUUCGAGACUUUCGAUACAAAAUAGAAACAACACAUGACUUGCAUACACAUCCUCUGGAAAUACCACCAGCGUAUUUAGAUGUCAUUGCUUCAGUAAUACAAGAUAGCGAUGAAUCAUUGUAUGCUUUAACCAGUCGUAUCAAUGAUUUGUUAUCACCGUAUGGUAGAGACGAAAGCUUAUCGCAUAAAUUCGAAUCAGCUAUUCAAAAGGCCAUAGAGCAAGUCGCAACUCGUGUAAAAUACGGAUUGUCCAAAGAGGUUUACAAGUCGAUCAAAAAUACAACUGAUAAAAUGCCAUGGGUAAGAAUAUGCUUGUAAUUAUCAAUGAUGACUGAAAUCAGGUAGCAUUUGUAUAUAUACCGUUGGGAAGUCAAAGACAUAAAUUUCUUUCCUCCUGAAAUACAGCAGGCUGUACUUACAAGGAAAAAGAAACGGAUGGAGAUGAGCGAAGAAGUAUCGAAUUAUAUAAAAAGCCUGCCAGUUGAAGAAAGCUUAGGGCUGAUAAAUGCAAAGCAUCGUAGAGCUGAUAAUGUAAGAAAAAUAUCAAACGUUCAAAA